AUGGUCGCGCAGCCGUUCUUCAACUGGACGGGCCGCGAGGAUCAUUGGACCUUGGCUCAGGAUCAGCGCGCUGCCAUCAGGGGUGCUCUCGCGAGGGCGCUCCGCCCCAGGUCUCGCGCAGCUGCGCUCCUGCUGGGCGAUUGGAACUUCGUGCGGGAGCCGCGAGAUCGGCUUUCGCUCUCGGAUUGCCGCUGGGCUCCAGGCACCAACGUGCAGGAACACCAGGAGUGGGCGACAUCGCUGUUCGACCCCCACGGCUUCUACGAGGUCUUCCAGCCGGAGUGCACGCGCAGGGCAGCGCAAUGCGCGUCGCGGUUGGACAGGGCAUGCGUCAAUGCGCACUUGGCAGAGCAGCUGUGCCGUUCGUGGUCUUGCGCUGCCUUGGACUGGUGUCCGAAACUGUCCACGCGGCGUCCGAUUGAGGUGGCGCGCCGAUCGGCUCCAGACGGUGCUGCACGGCGGCUGCAGAUCCCAACGGCCCCAUCACGUAGCAAGGACUGGGCCCCGCAAGUGUUUCAGCGCUGGCUGCAGCUCCGCUGCGAGGAUGAUCUUCGAGACACCUCGCACCGGCGCCUCUUACUCCUCAAGCGCGCCAUGAGCCAGGUGAGCAGGCAAGCAUCUUCCAAGGGCUGGUCGCCUCAGGCCGAAACCUCGGAAGACCGCCUGGGCGCGGCCAUCCGAUGCCCCCGGGCGGCGGAGACUGGGCGCCCGCUUGCGGUCGAGCGAGCAAUCCGGGAGUGUCCGGAGAUCUCGCGUCGCGCCAGUGUUUCGGAUCUCAUUCGGGGCUCUGCAGACGCAGUGGAGCGCCUCCAGGACUUCAUUGUCGAGCUGGCGCGUGCUGAUAUCGCCCAGGACGUCGAUGGGCUGCGCAAGGACCUGCCGCUGCUCUCAGACUCAGCCGCCGCGGCCAGGCGCGAGGGCAUCGCGGCCAAAAUCCGGCGGCUCAAACCUGGGGGGUCCGCUCAAGUCCGGGCCGUUCGGCACUGGGGCGGGUCGAUUGCCGCGAGCCCAGAGAGCAUCGCUGCUGCUCUGGCAGCGCAUUGGCGCCAUGUGUUCAGCGGUCAGGACAUAGACCCGACAGUGCUGUCGAACUGGCUGGCCGAAGCCGCCCCCGCAUGGGCGAGGGGCCCCCUUCCUCAGGCGGAAGCGUCCUGGGCGGUGACGCGGGCAGACGUGGCCUGGGCAGUUCGCGUCGCGCAGAACUCGGCCCCGGGCCCUGACGGCAUGCCGAUCUCUCUGUGGAGGCGCCUGGGAAGGUUGGCCGUGGAUGUGCUGCACGACGCUGCCGCGGGUUUGAGCUCGCCUGCUGCUGCCGCGGAUAUCCGCGAGGCCUACCAAGACGACCCAGAGGGGCCCGGGGCAUUCAAUCUCGGAAUGCUCUGCUGCAUCCCGAAGGGCGCUGGCGAGAUGGACCCCGCGGCCGGGGCAGUCCACUCACCGGGCUGCGCGAGGCCUCUCUCGCUGGUGGGCGUGGCCAACCGUUUGCUUGCGGCGGCCUACAAGCGCCGGUGGGAGGCGAGCCUGGGAGUGUGGGUGUCCGACUCACAGAGGGGCUUCCUACCAGGGCGCUCCAUGCUGCUCAACGUCAUUGAACUGAAAGCUGGUGCGAUGCGGGCCGCGGCGGGCAGCCGGCAAGGCAUGGUGGUCUUGGUGGAUUUCAAGGCUGCCUUCCCUUCCGUGUCCCACGGCUUAAUGCAGGUUUGCCUAGAAGGCUUCGGCGUCCCAGAAGCAGCCAGGGCAGCUCCUCAAACAUUCUAUUCCGACAGCGCGUGCAAAGUUUCAGCUGGCGGAGCCCUGUGGGGCGGCUUCCCCGUGACGUCGGGCAUUCGACAGGGAUGUCCACUAUCUCCACUUGUCUUUGCAGCGUGCAUGGGCCUCUUUCUGCGCGUGCUCCAGAGCCGCUGGGGCGCAAACUGUCUGAUUCGCGCCUUCGCCGACGACGUGGGAAUCGUUCUGGGCGACGUUUCGGUGCAACUCCCAGUCCUUUCCCGCGCCCUGGACGAACGGGGCAGACUCUCGAGUAUGCAGCUGAAUCUGGAGAAGACGAUUGGCAUCCCCCUCUGGGAGCAGCCGAUGGAUGCCGUGCGCGAGGUGGUUACGGCGGCCGUGCCCGCAUGGUCGCAGCUCCCGUUGCGGGCAGAGGCAGCCUACCUGGGUUGCGUCAUCGGCCCGGGGAAGAUCGGUGAAGAGCUGGCCAUGGCGCGCGCUCGGUCUCCUGUUCGCCACGUGUACAACGUGUACGCGCUGCCGGUGCUCAGCUUCACCGCUCAGUCGGCGCAGGUCACGGAUAAGCUGCUGGAGCUGGAAACGUGGGCUUCUCGCCGGGCCGGUCCUGGCCCAGGGAACUGGGUGCUUGCAGAAGACCUUUGGAGGCUGGACACGCACUACGGAAUGCCUCGGUCAUUUGGGCGGCUGGACCACCUCGCCCGCGCGGCGCAACUCCGUGCCGCGGCACAUGAGGACCUCCGGCUUGGAGCCCGCGGCCUCGCUGACAUGCUGCGCGAAGUGCAAGUUGCGUGGGCUGGCGACGCUCAUCGCGCGCGCUGCACUCUCUGGGCAGAAAGGCUGCAGGCCUCCGUGCUCGGCGUGCUCGUCAGCAACCAGGAGUACAUGCGCAGCAAGGGCGUCGCGGCGGCGCGGGCGGUGGCUGCUCUGGUUAACGAGGACGCGCGCAGCCUCACCGCCGACCACUGGGCAGCCACGCGGCACAAGUUGCAGGCGGAGCUGCGGCGCGAGCUGGCGCAGCUGGAGCCCGACAGGGUUCACUUCCGCGUUCGCCACAAGCUCUCGUACUGGACUCUGCCGGGCUUCCCGCGCAUCCUCGCGGAGAGGUUCUUGGCGUCGCGGCGGCGGCUCGAGCGAUUGGUGCCGCCGCGGGUAAUUGCCGCCACUUUUCGGACCGCGUGGAAUGGGCGGUGCACUGCACGGCGCUUCCAACAGCGAGACCAGCCCCACGACAUCUGCAUGCUGGGGUGCAGCCUGGCGGCGAAGGACAGCAUCCAGCACUACUGCAGGUGCAGCGCUGUUCGCCGAUUUCAUGCCGCGUCGCUGCGGAUGGAGUCCGAGUGUUUGCUGCCGUGGUGGCUGGGCGUUCACAUCCAGCAGGCGCGCGACGACGACAAGCUCGCUCUCGCGGCGCUCGGCGUGUACGCAGUCUACCGGGCGACGAACGCGGCGCGGCAGGUCGGCGGGCUGUGCUCCGCAGCAGCGGGGCGCGCUCUGCAGCAGGCCCUGCGGGAGGCGGUGAGCGGGCGGGGCGUGGCGGGCUCGGCGCCAGCUCCGUGA